UUUUCGCUGAUAAGCAUGCUGGCUGUAAAUGGCUCCUUUGUGACUGAGUUUGUCCUUGCUGGAUUGACAGAUCGUCCAGAGCUCCAGCUGCCACUCUUUUACCUGUUUCUAAUCAUCUACAUUGUCACAGUGGUGGGAAACUGUGGCUUGGUCACCCUGAUUGGCCUCAAUCCUCACCUUCACACCCCCAUGUACUAUUUCCUCUUCCACCUCUCCUUCAUUGAUCUCUGCUACUCUUCUGUCUUCAGUCCCAAAAUGUUGAUGAACUUUGUCUCUGAAAAGAAUUCCAUCUCGUAUGUGGGGUGCAUGACUCAGCUGUUUCUUUUUCUCUUUUUUGUCAUCUCUGAAUGCUACAUGUUGACCUCAAUGGCCUGUGAUCGCUAUGUGGCCAUCUGUAAUCCACUGCUGUAUAAGGUCACCAUGUCCCCUCAGGUCUGUUCUAUGAUAUCUUUUGCUGCUUAUGGGAUGGGGUUUGCUGGAGCCUCUGCCCACACAGGCUGCAUGCUCAGGCUGACCUUCUGCAAUGCCAAUGUCAUUAACCAUUAUUUAUGUGACAUCCUGCCCCUCCUCCAGCUUUCAUGCACCAGCACCUAUGUCAAUGAGGUUGUAGUUCUCAUAGUUGUGGGUAUUAACAUCACGGUGCCCAGUUGUACCAUCCUCAUUCCCUAUGCUUUCAUCCUUGCCAGCAUUCUAAACAUCAAAUCCACCCAAGGAAGAUCAAAAGCCUUCAGCACCUGCAGCUCUCACAUCGUGGCAAUUUCUCUUUUCUUUGGAUCAGCUGCUUUCAUGUAUCUUAAAUAUUCCUCUGGAUCUAUGGAACAAGGAAAAAUAUCCUCAGUUUUCUACACUAAUGUUGGGCCCAUGCUCAACCCACUGAUCUAUAGUUUGAGAAAUAAGGAUGUCAAGGUGGCAUUAAGGAAGUCAUUUUUUUAA